AUGUGGCAAAAGCUGUGCAGUGUAUAUGACCUGAAAAGUGAAGAAAGUCUGUGUCUUACGCAGAAGAAGUUUUUUGACUUUAAAUGGGACACAACGAUUGGUGUUGCAUCUAAUUUCUCAAAAAUCGAACAGUUGACUGGGAAAAUGAAGACACUCGGCGGUAAGAUUUCGGACUCAAUGGUGAUUUCGAGAAUUCUCUCGACGUUACCGCCCGUGUACCAUCAUUUCCACAGCGCGUGGGACAGCACUGAAAGCGCGAAAAGAACGCUGGAAAAUCUAAUGACUAGAUUAAUGACAGAAGAGUCACGCAUUGAGAAAGAUGCAACACAAGAUACCACAGUUGCCUUGUUAUCGAAAGUGAAAAUAACAGUCAAACGCACAAGAAUACGAACGCGAAACAAUCUCCAGAACCACGUGGCGGUGAAAACAAGGCAAGGUCAACUCGAUGUUACUCGUGCGGCAGAACAGGACAUAAACAGAAAGACUGUAGAGGAUGUUACACAUGCGGUGUGA